AUGCUAGUAUCAAAGUUGCCUCAAUUCCCAGAUUUUACUAUUUCUGCGUCACUAUUUUCAAAUAUUGAAAACGGAGAAGAUUUAGUUAAAGAUAUUGCAAAUAUACCUUAUUCUUUAAUUGAUACUACUUUAAUUUGUUCAGUUGAACAAAUUUAUUCCGCUAUAUAUAGAGUAUUGGUUGAAUAUAAAUUUAAUAGAAUAAAAACUAAAUCAAUAAAUUCGGAAUUAUUGUUAUGUCUGUCUCAAAACUCCAAUAUUACUCAAAAUUUUAAAAAAUUUGGUAUAAAUGCUAAUACCAAAAAUUUAGUUAUAGUUUCCAUCUUAGAAAAUCAAAUUAACAAUGAUUUAAAUAAAGAAUUCAAUGCUCUUCUCAAAGGUGAAGAAAUCGAGUUAAAUAAUGAAAAUCUGCAAAAAAUUUGUGAUAUGAAAGCCAUUAGAAAAAUACUAACUUCAAACCUGAUGAUGAUUCAGAUAUUGCCCAGGCCGCUGUCAAUGCUAUUCAGUUAA